UUGUUAUUUCAUUAUUAUUCUCUGAGCAAUGGCCGACGGCGACGACGAACUCGCGGCCAUCCGCGCCCGCCGCAUGGCUGAGCUGCAGCAGAAGAGCGGCCAGGGGCAGUCGCUCCCCGGCGGCGUGCCUGGCAUGGGCGGCGCAGGCGGCAACAAUGCUGCCAAGCAAGAAGAAGCUGCACGACGUGAAACAGAAGUCCGCCAGUCGCUGCUGAUGCAAAUCCUCGAACAAGAAGCCCGUGCACGAUUGGGUCGUAUUGCAAGCGUCAAGCCCGAGAAGGCGCGCGCGGUCGAGGACUUGCUCAUUCGCAUGGCCAAGAGCGGCCAACUGCCUGGCAUGGUGGACGAGCCGCAGCUUAUCAAACUGCUCUCGCAAGUCAGCGAGGUUGAGAACUCAAAGAAGGCAUCCAAGCUCACGUACACGCGCAAGACCCUGGACGAUGACGAUGAUGACGAGUAACGCGCGGUGUCCCAAAAACAAAAUUUGUGAAUGGUUGUCAGUUUCAGCCCCGCUUCCUCUGUCACCACGAAAAUACAAAAAUACAGUCCAUGGAAAACCCAUGACUGCAGCAGUUUAUGA